GGACGUUUACCAUGGGCUAUGCUGGGAGCAAAGCCAGGGGCCAUGCAGAGACAGAGGGUGGGAAAGCUGAUUGUCUGUGGUCUUGGGGGUUCCUGUGUUUUCCUAGCAUGUUUAAAUUAAUUCGUGAUGCAAAGUAGAGGUUAGCCAUUGACCUUCUCUAUGUGUCCAUGUUAAUGAGAGGAAAGGAAGGGGAUACAGAGCUGAGCAGGAAUGGAGGAAAGGCAGAACUGGUGCAGAUUAGGUAUCAGAGACGGCAGGUAUCAGAGCACAGCUCCCAGCCAUAGCAGGGUUGUUUUCCUAAGAAAAUCUUUAUUUAACUUCCUAAGCAUGAAUGUUUCCUCCUGCAGCACAGUUACAGUUUCAGUUACAGCCUGAAAAAUAACUAGGCUUUAACACUCGUCUACUUAGUCUCUCCUCCCCUCGAGAGGGUAACAAGCUGCUUCUAAUAUUUGUUGUGUUCAUUAACAGAUGCAGUAGUGACUGCUGAAGACUUCAUAUGCCAGUUACCACUGAAAUAGUUUGUGAGGCUAUUCGAAAUCUGCUUCAACCAACCAGCCAAACAACCCCCUGAAGCCCCAUUGUACCAGACUUCCCCGUGAGCUCGCAGGGACUUUUUUUUUUUUUUUGACAGAAACUUGCGUGUAACUUUCCCUGGAGGAACAGAGGAUUUUUGUGAUUGUUCUUGUGGUAUUUUAAAACUGAGAAACUAAGUAGAGUCUCUUCAGCAGUCAUGAGUGACUGACAGCUCAGAGUUUGUGUGGGUGUGUGUUUGGAAGCUACAAGCAGCUAACACUCACGGCGUGGGAGCCCCCAGAUGGGACUAGAUCCACGCUCCGGUACUCCUUAUGGGUUUGAAGGUAGACUCAUGUACCUACUACCUAAGUUUUCUGUGGCUGAUAUUAUGGUGUGCGUAUAUGGUCCCGUACCAGGCAUCGUGUACAGACUUUCAGUUCUGAUCCAGCCCAAGACACAGUAGCAGGAGCAAACCCAGACACCACGCUGUGGAACGGACUCUCGAUCACCCUGCAGUCUAGGCACUGGGAAGUUACUAUGCAGCUUGGACUGUUUCUGAUGGUGGUUUUUCUAAGCUUGAUGGAUCUGACAGGCAGCAGCAAGGUGGUGAAGGGCAAGAGGCAAAGACGAAUCAGUACCGAGGUGAGCCAGGGCUGUGCGAAAGGCUGUGACCUGUGCUCUGAGUUUCAACGGGUGCCUGAAAUGUUCCCCAAACUCUUCAUACUGCUGGAGAGGAACGACAUCCGACAGAUCGGGAUCUGCCUGCCAUCCUGUCCGCUGGGGUACUUCGGCGUUCAUCCCGACAUGAACAAAUGCAUCAAAUGCAAAAUUGAGAACUGUGAGGCCUGUUUCAGCCGAAACUUUUGCACCAAAUGUAAGGAAGGUUUGUACUUGCACAAAGGGAGAUGUUAUUCCACCUGCCCAGAUGGCUACUCUGCUGCCAAUGGCACCAUGGAGUGCAGCAGUCCUGCACAAUGUGAACUGAGCGAGUGGGGCCCCUGGGGCCCGUGUGCCAAGAAAAGGAAGCUGUGUGGCUUCAAGAAAGGCAACGAAGAGCGAUCACGGAAGAUUCUGCAGGCUCCCUCUGGAGAUGUGUCCGUGUGUCCUGCCACCACAGAGCUCCGGAAAUGCACAGUGCAGAAGAACCAGUGCCCUGAAGGUGAGAAAAAGGAAGAGAAAGGAGCAAGAUAACCGAACGGAAACAGAAACCAGAAAGACACCAAAGAUGCCAAAUCUGGCACCAAGAAAAGGAAAGGCCAGCAGAGAGGGACUGUGGUCCCCAUGACUCCAGCUAGCCCUGCUCAGCUGCCCCUUUACAGUCACAUGAAGGCAAGAUUUCAUUGCUGCUAUGUAUAUGAAAGCUUUAUUGAACCAGAGCACUGCUACACAACAGACACAAUCAGAAAGAUAGACAGACAGACACAGAAACUACACACACACAAAGACUGACAGAGACCACACACAUAAGCAACAUAGACUGCAAAGAGCAAAACUUCUAAGAAGAGUAAGAAAAUAUAAGAGAUGAAGCUUAAAUGCCAAGGACUUUACAAUGGGAAGCUGGGGAGAAAGUGUGAACCAGAGUGGAGGGCAGUGAUGCAAAUAUUCCUGAUUAAGUGUCUCAGAUAGAAGCCAGCCAUGUAAACCCCAGCAUAACGCAGCUUCAGCCAGAGACUAGAACUGAUUUGCUACUAUUCCAAAUCAAAGGAUCUGGAAUCAUGCAAAGGCAGUGGCCUGUUUCUAUUCCUCCUUCCUUUAUUUUGUGUUUUAAGCUGUAAGAGAAUAUAUGUUAAACCUUUGUGAGAAGAGGUCAGAGAUGUCUGCCCUGAAAUGGCUUCAAAAAUUUAUUUCAAAUUAAAAAAAAUCCAACAAAA